UGGACCACCUCCACCACCGACCCUCCCUCAUGAGCGGGCCAAUUGUUUCACCAUCGAGGAAUGGAAACACGACUGUAUCUACAAACAAGCUAUCGCUAUCAGCUGUCCUUGUUUGCUACUACUUGACAUGGAUGUUGCGUCGUCGAAUACGACUUCAUACACUGGCUCUGUACCGGGCGGUAGCGCUGACGGGACGCCGUACGCAAACGCUGCUGGUGACAUGCCAGCCGUCCCUGCGACGAUUGACCCGCGCCUCAUCAGCAGCCUGCCGGCAGAACAAUCUCAGCCGUACAUCACUAAAAAUGCGAAUGCGCAAUACGCCCCAACACAGACGUACCCUCCACAUGAGUACGGGCCGUCUCUCUUUGGCCACACAUUCGCCAUGACACCACACGUGACUCAAAAGGCGAAUGUGCAACACGCCCCAGUGCAGGCCUCCUCCGAUGUGUACGCGCAAGCUCCCUUCGGCCAUCCACCUGUCGCGACGUGAGUACCUCGUAACUCCUGCCGUCGCAUCAUCGAACCUACUCACC